AUGACGCUUCGCAUGGAUGCUCAACGCUAUGCCGUCGAGGAUCUGGCCGAGUGCGAGCGAACGCUCUUGUACCCGUUCACAGCUGUGUAUGGCUUUGCGUCAGAGCUCUACCUCUUUCUGCACGCCGCAUGGUACGCAGACUUGACAAAUCGGCAGCUUAUCUACAACGACACCCAUUGGAACUAUGGCCGAAUGUCCGACUAUUUCGACAGACCUCGGCUGAGCUGUCGUGUCAGCCGCGAGCGCUACACAUACAAGCCAGACCAGAUCAUGGUAGCUGAAAACGAUUGGGAGCAGCCUCAUCUCGUGUUCGAGCGCUGGACUUAUCCGGACUUGGACAAGUAUCUUCGGAACCGAUUCCUACCAAACCGUACUGACCUUGGCGAUUGCAUCGUUUACGACAGCGAUCACCCGAUGUCUGUAAACUGUACCGUCCCUCCCCUUCUUGCUCGUCCGCUUUCAGAUCUUCGGCGGCUAUUCGCCCAUCACUGUCCACGAAAUCGACACGUGCGCGAGCUCGAGGAGGCUCGCGAGAGGGAGCUGGACACGGACCCCGACAACAAUCUUCAGCUAGGCCUCUUCUUUCGGGGCGGUGACAAAGCUGUCGAAUGCUCUGAGCCUGUCAGAUCGUGCACCAAUCUCUCUUGGUCACUUGAGGCGGUCACAUCCAGUCUCCAGUAUUUUCCGAGAAGCAGUCAGAAGCGUGUCCGGCUCCAUCUGAUGUCCGCCGAGUCAACGGCGCUAGAGCAAGCCCGUGAUCUGAGCCAGCUAUUCGAAAUCACACAAAUGCAUCGCGCGCAAAUGGACGUGGCGCCCACAUUCCAUCAAGAAGAUUUCAAUCUGCUUCCGAUCAAAGACAGAGUCGCAGACACUCGGUCGAUGUUGGCAAAUCUAUACCUGUUGGACAGGUGCAAUUUGACGGUCCUGUCCAUGGCAAGCAAUAUUGGGCGACUUGCAGCCCUCAUCAUGAAUACCACCACUUUGAGAAGUUCCGAUGUUGUAUGGUCGCCGUUCACCUGGCCUAUUUGA